UGGACCAGCUGUGCGAGAAAAUUCUUAUCGGGGAAGUUUCGGGCCGUCCUCGUUAGUCACUCUUCGUUAUUUCAAGUGUAACGAUAUACAAGAAACACCUUAUUUGUUGACAAUAUCUUGACUCAAUACCUGGCAUCGCAGCACUUUCUGGUUCACAACAAUUUGUAACAUUCAUUGCAGUUGGUGCAGAAAAAAAGUGAGAUCGAUAGAAACGGUGUCGGUUAUUUUUUUGUGCGGUUCAUUGCGAAGAGUUUAUUCAAGAAAACAGGUGGUUAAAGUUAGCUGCAUAUAACGUCUCAAUUUGAUUUUAGGUAACCCGUAAAAGGAAGCCAAGGUGUGCAUUUUGAUAAACGUAAUUGUUGCAGAAAGUUUGCUUGGGACCAUAUAGAUAACUAUAAGUUGGUACAUCAUCAAUACAAGAGGUUUGAUCCUGCAGAACAAUGGCACAACCAGGUUACGGAUUCCCAAAUCAGCCUCCAUACUCCCAGCAACAACCAGGAUACCCACCUCAGCCAGGUUAUCCACCUCAGCCAGGUUAUCCACCCCAGCCAGGGUACCCACCCCAACCAACCUUCCAACAACCCCAGUCAGGCUUCUACGGAUACCCCCAGAGUCAACCGUACGCCGGAAAUACGGGCGCUCUCUCGAUGGGCAGCGACCCGGAAGAUCCCGACGCAUGCGGAUUCGACUUCACCGAUCAAUCCAUCCGGAAGGGAUUCAUCCGAAAAGUGUACUCCAUACUGAUGGUUCAACUCGGCAUCACGCUCGGCUUCAUCUGUCUGUUUAUGUACCACGAGCCGACCAAGGUGUGGGUCCAACGUCAUCCGGAAGUGUUCUGGAUCGCAUUCGGCGUGAUGCUCGUCACGAUGAUCUCAAUGGCGUGCUGUGACAGCGUCCGACGGAAGUCUCCGAUGAACUUUAUCUUUUUGGGCCUGUUCACGCUGGCGAUGUCCUUCCUGAUGGGCGUUACCACGGCCAGGUUCAGCUCGCAGGAAGUUCUGUUGGCGGUGGGAAUCACGGCAGCGGUUUGCCUCGGGUUGACCCUGUUUGCGUUCCAGACCAAGUGGGACUUCACCGUGAUGGGGGGCAUGUUGUUCGUGGCGGCGUUGGUGCUGAUGCUGUUCGGGCUGAUUGCCAUUUUCUUCCCCGGAAAAACUAUCACUCUGGUUUAUGCCAGCUUGGGGGCGUUGUUGUUUAGCUUUUACUUGGUUUACGACACUCAGCUGAUGAUGGGUGGAAAACACAAGUACAGCAUUAGUCCCGAGGAGUACAUCUUUGCUGCGUUGAAUCUUUAUCUAGAUAUCAUUAAUAUUUUCAUGUUUAUACUAACGAUUAUUGGUGCAUCUCGAGAUUGAAGAAAAUUGUUAUGCUUUUGUCGAAAUAAAUAUUGAUAAGUAAUCGUUAAA